UUCUGCUCGACGUAAUGUGAUUCGAUAGUAAGUUAAAUGCGCUCAGCUGGUUCUGGAUCGGCAUAAACGCACAGCACCCGCCCGGGUUGGAACUCCGGGCGUAGCUCAAAUCUCCUCCCCGGAUGCCCCAGAAUCCCUAAAACACCCAGUAAUUGGCACACAUUCAGUUUUUUUUUUGCAUCGUUAAUGGUGCGCAUCUGCGAAAGGAGGAUGAAGUUUUUGGUGGCAGUCACAUUGAUCGUUGGCUCGGUAAUUUUCCUGCUUUUCCCGAGCGGAUCAGAGGCUGAUGAGGAGACAAAGGGACCCAAAGUCACGGCCAAGGUUUACUUUGACAUCAGGAUCGGAGAUGAGGAUGCAGGACGGAUUGUCAUUGGACUCUUUGGAAAAACUGUACCGAAAACGACGGAAAACUUCCUUCAGCUGGCCACUGGAGAGAAAGGAUUCGGAUACAAGGGCAGCAAGUUUCAUCGGGUAAUCAAAGACUUCAUGAUCCAGGCAGGAGAUUUCACUAAAGGAGAUGGAACUGGAGGUAAGAGCAUCUAUGGUGAGCGUUUCCCUGAUGAGAACUUCAAGCUGAAGCAUUAUGGUCCAGGUUGGCUCAGCAUGGCCAAUGCUGGCAAAGACACUAAUGGCUCCCAGUUCUUCAUCACCACUGUCCAGACGCCAUGGUUAGAUGGCAAACAUGUUGUCUUUGGCAAAAUCUUGGAAGGCAUGGAUGUGGUGAGGAAGAUCGAGAGUAACAAGACAGACGGACGAGAUAAACCUCUCAAAGACGUCACCAUCCACGAAUGUGGCAAGAUCGACGUGGAAACGCCUUUUGCAGUACCUAAAGAGUAAAUUAAGUUUGGGGAAAUAAUAGGACUCUGGGUUUAAGGGGAUUGAAUUUGGUGGAAUUCUAGUGGAGAUAAAAUGUGUAUGUGUGAGCUUAUCGGAGCUCCGCCCCCUCUUGGGACCAUCACACACCAGUCCUGAUCCGCUGAGCGGUACACCCUGGGUCCAAUUCCAGCAUUCCAAACGGUCAUAUUUCUGACCCGCUUCAACUUGCUUUUGUAAACAAAUGUUCAAUAAAGGAUCCAGGUUUUCUUAAAGUGGUUAUCCUGUUUUUUUUUAAUAAAUACCUUGUCUUGGUUUUAUUUUUGGAAACCUCAUGGAAAAUCAAUGAUACAGACUUAUUUAAUAGAAAUACUGCUUUAAAAGUCUUAAUGCAGUUAAAAUCAUUUUUUCAUUGUUAACAAUUCACAUUUUCAUGGUAAAUACAUGAACAAAAUCAGUGUUCUAAACCGGUGAAUCACUAAUGUCAUUUCAUCAUAUUAAAGAAAAGCAAAAAAAAGGUGUAUUCUUUGGACUAAUUAAGAUUUUUGAGAUAUUUUGCCUCACCCUGAAUCAUUAUUGGGGUCAGAGCGCAGGGUCAGCCAUGAAACUGCGCCCCUGGAGCAGAUGGGGUCAAGGGUCUUGCUCAAGAGCCCAACAGUGGUAUCUUUGCGGUGGUGGGGCUUGAACCCCUGACCUUUCGGUCCGUAACCCAGAGCCUUAACCGAUUGCUAUGAGGAAAAAGCUUAAGCAUGAAUUUCAAGAAGUGCAGCAACUAACUAGGUCUUUAAAAUGUAAAUGUAUAUAUUUUUUUUGCAUAACAUAUGCAAAUACAUUUGAAUAUUUUUCCUUUGAUUUAGGGGUUAAAUGAGACCUAUAAGACAUUUCCUGAAAGGCGAUUCGCCCAUAAAGGGAUUGUUCAUCCAAAAAAUAAAUGUGAAGUUUUUGAUUGAAAUCCACCACUUUCUGCACUUUCACCUGUGGAAUUGAUUAACACUGAAAUGAUUGCGUUCAU